AGUUCACUAGYGAAAUAUUUAGAUCUGAAACUUCAUAGUUAUCUAGAAAAUGAGUUAGCRCAAGUAAAUAUUCAGUUAGUGGGCUACAUACUUAGUUUGAAGGUAACUAUUUAAUUAGCAAGCUAAACAUGUAAUUAGUAGGUAAAUAUUUAGUUAGUGAGGUAACUAGUUUGGAGCUAAAUGUAAACACAAAGGAACAAUAAUUAAUGGCACUUUGGGAGYUCCAUACRUUCCGUUUCUGGUUUUAUUGCUSUGCUGUGCUGUUUUUCUGCCGGAGUGGAACCGCGGGGGGUGAAACCUGCAGCUGACGCUGGCGGGGGAUGGGCCGGCUUCCUGCUGAGCGCCAGCAGCCAGUAAAUCAGCUCKCUUCCUGAACGCAGCAGCGCACUGUAAAACUGAAACCUCUGACACAAGCAGGCGCACAUGCUGGCAGGGACUGACGGGCAAACGGCGCUCUGACACCCAGGAUCAUCUGAAGAGCAGCACAGCCAGCUUUCUGCGCGUGACCUCUGACCCUGAGCCAGAAGCAGGAUGAGCCAGUGGAAGCAGGUCCAGCAGCUGGAGAUGAGGCUCCUGGAGCAGGUGGACUACCUGUACGAUGACAACUUCCCCAUGGACAUCCGGCAGGGCCUGGCCGGCUGGAUCGAGUCCCAGGACUGGGAUUCUGCGGUCAACGACGAGUCCAUGGCUUCGGUUCUGUUCACCAACCUGCAGACGCAGCUGGAGAAGGUCCGAUCGCAGGAGCAGAACUUCCUGCAAAGACACAACAUGAAAAUCAUUCAGCAGCAGCUGCAGAGGAAAUACACCAGCAACCUGACAGGGAUGGCCAGAGUCAUCGCCACCUGCCUGCGGGAGGAGCGGCGGAUCCUGGCCGCCACCUGCAGCCAGGAGCAGGGCGCGCUGGAGCAGUCGCUGCAGAACUCUGUGGCCUUUGAGAGGCAGAAGAACAUGGACAACCGGGUCAGCAUCAUCAGAAACAGCGUCCAGCUGAUGGACCAGGCGGUGAAAAACAUCGAGGACAUGCAGGACGAUUUCGAUUUCUGCUACAAGACGCUUCAGUCACGAGAAUCGGCAGACAGAACAUCAGAGAUGAUCAAACAGGGAAUAACUCGCCUGCAGGAGAUGCUCAACAGGCUGGACUUCAAACGGAAGGAGAUCCUGUCAAAAAUGGACGUGGUGAUCAAAGAGAUCGACGACCUUAUGACCUCUCAGCUGCGACCGGAGCUGCAGGACUGGAAACGGCGGCAGCAGAUCGCCGCCAUCGGUGGGCCGCUGCUGACGGGCCUGGAGCAGCUGCAGAGCUGGUUCACUCUGACGGCACAGAGCCUCUUCCAGAUCAAACGGCAGCUGGACAAACUGGGAGAACUGGUGGUGAAGGUGACGUAUGAGAGCGACCCCAUCCCGCUGCAGAAGCCUCAGAUGGAGGAGCGAGUCAAGUUCCUGAUCUACCACCUGAUCAAGAGGUGAGCAUAACAUCAGCUACAUCAUUAGCAUAACAUCAGCUACAUCAUUAGCAUAA